GCGUUCCUGCGCUCUGACAGCAUGGGCUAUUUCAGGGGCGCGUCGCACCACCGCGGGCUGCCAGCGCGGCUCUUUCCAGCGGCCCUGCUCGCGACCUGAGUAAAUAAGGAAGACAUUCUCUAGAAAUAUUAAAAAAGAAAAAGAAAGAAACCAAAUCAGUUGCGCGUGACUCCGCGGAGACUUUGACUACCGGCGGCGGACAGCGCGGACGAUGAGCGACACCAUCGCGGAACCCGAGCCCAUGGAGGAGGAGGCGAGUGGCUCGGACAAGAUUGACUUAUCGCUCGAUGAGAUCAUCAAACGGAAUAAAAAGGAGCAGAAAGCGCCACCUGGCGGCUACAGGUGGAGAAGCAGGCAGGCAGCGAGCGGCGGUGCUGCGAAGACGCCGGACCGGGCGGCACCGAGACAGAGCUUCCGAGCGCAGAGAGGCGCCUACCGCUUCCAGCAAGGACCCAACAGGUUUAGGUACAUGGGCCAGCCUGCGCGCGACUUCUAUCGAUUCAGGCCCUAUUAUCCAUGGAGGGCCGCGGUGGGAAUGAGAGGAAUCGGCCCUCUGAACAGACCACUCUGGAAUGCAAAGAGCGCUGGGCAUUUUGGACCACUGAAGACCCAAUUCAGAGGCUCGUACUACCAGCCCUACAGAGGCCCACGAGGGGCCCCCAGGAGGCUCCCUCUCGGCCAGAACAGCCCGCAGUUCCAGCCAAGGCAGAGACAGCAGAGACAGCAGAGGACUGCGCCCAUUAUUCUCAACAGAGGAUUUCUCGCCCUGAGAGCAAGCGGGAAGCUGGAAAGGUGGAGAAAGGGACCUUCUCCUGGUUCCAUCCUGACGGUUUCCCUCGAAAACUCCAAGGUGACAUCAGAGCCCCGGGUCACGCAGCCUGCCGGGAACGACAGAUCUCUGGAGGACGUUGACCUGACCACCCCGCAGCCCAAAGGCAUCCCCCUGAGAUUCAACUUCAAGGCUGUGUCCAAUCAGACUGGAGUAACCUUGAAUGACCGCUUCACCAGCCUGAAGAUCCGAGGUUGUCCGGGACAGAGAUCGUGGAGGGGAAGAGGAAGGGGUAGAGGGGGGCGGAUGGUCACCUUGCAGUGACCGGGGCCUCUUGGGUCACUAACCGCCCGGCUCCCAUCAGCAACACUUCUCUGUGCAAUAAAAGAGAGCUGCCCAGUUUCCUCACAGCUGACAAUAGUAUACACACUGCUUACCAAUUUAUUUUCAUGUGACAGACAUGAUAGUUCUUCAGGUGUUUGCAGGACUGGUUUAGGCAAUAUACUGGCAUUUUUUUUUUUUUAUUUUUGGAACUAGCAUGUGAAGUCUGGAUUUUGGCCACAAGGCCGUUACCAGCUAAGCUAUUAAUAGUUGUGAGAAGCAUAUGGGUCUAAAGGAUGUGUGGGGAAAGAGGCAUUUUAUGACAUUUUCAGACAUUUUUAGUGGAGAACAGUAUUGAAGCUAUACUGUCAAGCUGUGCAUAAUGUGUUGGUAGUUGAAAGAUUUAUUACUUCUACUCAAGAACUUGACAUUUUCAGUUUCCUUUUCCUCAUCUCAAUGUCUGAUCAUUUUCUAGAAAUGCUGUAAAUAAAAUUUCAAAAUGUGCAUGUUAAUACAGAGU